AUGACAGCCGACACUGCGUCGCUCGUGCGCGCACUCGGAGAGCACGCGGUUUCGAUGCAUUACCAGUGCCGCAGUCGCGUACGCAGCAACGAAGAGAAGAAAGCUGUCUUGCGAUGGCUGCGUGGCCUGCGUCGCGAAGAACUGGCGUCUCUGUGCUGCGUCGAAGACGUGGGGUUUGUCAAGACGCUGCUGCACAUGGCAGCGCUGUCUCGAGGCGCCCAGUCGCAUGUACAAGAGUUCCAAGUGCUGCCACCGACAUCGAGUGCUACGGUGUCGACCCAAACGAAGCGCACUGCGACGACUGUGUUGCCAAGAACGGCUCCAAGGGACUUUGUCAAGCGACCCGUGCUGCAGACAGUAGAUGGCGAUGUGAUUGGAUGUUUUCGUACCCGAGAGUACGAGGAAUGCUGUGCAAAGGUGCUGAAAGGCCUGCGAGUGCUCAACGCGCUACAGUCUUGCGACACGGUGGCGCUUUCGAUGGAGUUUUUUCGCUGUCACGACACGAAGCGUGGCGCUUUUGCUCAUAGUGUCUUGCCUUUGUUCGAAGUGAUAUCGUGUGGUGGCUUUUUGAUGGCGUGUCCGUCUGUCGCGACGUUGAAACACCGAAUAUGGGGCGAAACAGAGUGGCUAAAGAAGCAGGGAUACUAUCCGCUACAAGCGCUGUUUGUCAAUCAAAUUGAGCUCAACAUUUGGGCGUCAUGGAAACAACACACGAAAGAUGAGACCUCAACGGUACCACUGCAAGGUCUCGCAGCGAAACUUUACUUGAUGGAAGAAUGGAGAAGUGCAAGUGUCAGCCAACGUAACGCGAUGUUACGAGUGCUGGGUUCGAAGAUGACGGAGCAUCUUCGCGACUUGAGGCAGUCGGUGCCUAUUCAAGCGAGCGGGGCAGAAAAAUAUCAAGCUGCGCGAUUUUCAUUGGAGUCUCUUAUGCGCAUACUGACCGUGCGUCAGCAGCCACUACUGCGAGCCGACGAGCGCGUGUCGGUGAGUAGCUGUUUUGCAUGUGCAUUUGAAGAUGCAGUAACUUCUCCACAAGCAGUAGUGAUAAAGCUGUUGCUAGCGGAGCAUCUACAAGAGCAGUGCUCGCUCUUGCUUUGUGAAAGGCUGUCGAACGAAGAGGAAGCGGCUGUUGCAACAAGCUUGUCAAUUGACGCCGUUACCAAUGGUGCCGGUGCGAAGGACGAAGGUGCUAAAGGCGUGGUCAAAGGUAGCAACCAUUCGCAACGAAGACGUGCAAGCCGAAAGAAAAUGCUCCGACUUCGUCGCCGGGAAUGUGAAACUCGCAUUGCUCAGCAGACGUAUUUUCGUAGCAUGCUGCGUGAGCUGUGCGAAUAUUUUCGCCAAAAGCAAGCAGAAGCUACCGCGUGCGUGGAUGAGGGAGUAUGCGAAGCAACGGACACUGCCAUCAACGAGGACCAGCUAGUAUCUGGUAGCUGCCUUCCCAAGAAUUCUGUUCGGUCCAGACAAAGACGAAAAAAGAAGAAAACGAAAGAGAAAGAGGCGAAUACAACGGAGCGUGGAGACGACAAUCAAUCUGUGACGAUCUCUCUUCGAAGCGCUGUCACGUUGUCGGCCACACCGCAACCGUGCCAAACGGGUGAUGAAAACGAUGCUGAUCAACACAGCGCUGCAGCCACGUGCUUGUACUCUGCACCAUCUGAGCAAGGUGAGCCGCUUGUUGAUAGCAACAGUGACGGCGAGAGUACGCCUGACGGCGGUCCGCGCUUGAAGUUUUCUCCCAGUCUUGGGUCAACUAGGCCAACGAUGUCGUCGGCCUCGUCUGCGAUGCCGACGUUUGGCGCACAGCCGCUUUGCCUGUCGUCGGCAAUGGCACCCUUCUUCCUUUCGCUGGCACCAAAAGACCAUCGUACUCAAUCAUCCCGGGCUCUUCGUCAAGUCAUUAGCGACGAGGAUGGCAGCAAUGGAGGGGAAACAUGUCUGGCUGGACCGGAAAGUGCUCCUCGCGAAGCACCCAUGACGUCUGAGGCGGCAGAUUUCGAGUGGUACAUGCCGUUCCAGACCUCCGCGCAACGAAGCAAUUUGACAAUGCCUGCUCUCGACUGGCAUUUUGAUCAUUGGCAAUUCAAGACUUCGGCUGCCGAAGAUGAUUUAGUUGCCAAAGUUACGAUGGCGUUGGAGCGGAUCAGUACGCUGGAAGAAAAGCUGGCUGAGAAAACGAAGGCCAUGGAUGAGCAAGCUAGCAGUGCGUCUUCUGAAAUCAACACGCUGAAUCGUGCUGUGGCAACACUGACAGCUCAGCUGCACAACAUCGAGAACGAUGUCCAGGAAUUGCAACUUCAGCGUUCUGUCCCAGGUACCACUGGUGAAAUGGACGACAUGUCCCAGGGCAAUGCAAGCUCUUGCAGCUCGCCGCCAGCUCCAUUUUCACCAACCCCAUCGUCGCUGAACUGUCAAGUCGAUAGCCCGUCUGCUGCUGCACCCACCUUUCCGGAAGCAUACCCUCCAACUCACUCGGUAUUGGGACCGUUCGUAUCGGUCCCUUUGUCCGUGCUUCCUCCACGCAGUAAACUCCACUGGGAUCUAUGCGAAUUUGCAGCACAGCUUCAGGCUGACAGUGAUUCCCGUCUCCCUGCUCAGCUUGCUGCUCAUCGGUUAUGUAUGGCGACUGUGCAGUCGCUUUGGCCGCGUGCUCAGGUGCGACCAUACGGCUCGCAUGUAACGCGGCUUGUACUUCCGUCAAGCGACGUCGAUCUCGUAAUAUGCUUGCCGAAGGUACGUCGUGAUGCGCCGGCCGACGCAGCUGGCAUGCUCGAGGGUCGAAAUGCGAUCAAGGAGACGUGGCAACAAAAUCUCGCCCGCAAGCUAAAGCAAGAGCCAUGGGUCGUGUCUGACUCGGUGAAAACGCUACCCCAUGCUGCUGUCCCGAUUAUCACGCUCCUCACUGCCCCGCCGUACAACGUGAGGCUCGACAUCUCUUUCGAAGGCCCGGGCCAUAACGGUUUGGCUACCAAUGACGUUGUUCUUGCGCUGCUUCAUGAAUUCCCGCCAUUAGCACCAAUGAUGCUCAUUCUGAAAAGCUUUGCAAUCGAGCGAGGUUUGGCGGUAGCGUAUUCGGGCGGGCUGUCGUCAUACGCGCUGCUGUUGCUCGUGGCGCGUUAUCUACAAGAACACAGCGACACAAUGCCCAAUGGGUUUGCAAACGCUUCACGGGCUGUCCAGCACAGUCUGUCGACAGUACAGGCGGGUGUCGCUGAUUUCGGUCUGAUGCUCAUGGGCUUCUUGGACUUUUACGGCAACCGCUUCGAUCCACGUACAACGGGAAUAAGUGUAGCCUCGCGCUGCUUUCUAAAUCGUGAGAGCAGCUUCAUGGCUGGAACAGGAACCCCAGCAAUGGGUGAUCCUCAUCAAAUUCCACAUCCCUAUCAGCAGAUAUACGCGGCCGACGAUGCCGCCGUGGACGAUCGAACGAGCCAAUAUGGCUAUUGUCAACAUUGGCAAGUACCUGCGCAGCCUCACGUGCAAACGUUUUUACCAAAUUCUGAGGGAGCUCCUGCUCAUGGCUUCCGACGAUACGGUUACCGUUCGUCGCUGGAUCUGCCGGCAUCCCAAGCGUUGGAUGAAAUGGGCACCGCGACAGGGCUUUUAGACUACCAGCAGCUGCAGCAGCAGACGUACGACCCGCACAAAUUUGAUCCGGUCUUUAUCGAAGACCCGUUAUGCCCGACCAACAACGUGGGAAGAAAUUGCUUUCGUAUCAUGCAGAUCCGCCGCGCGUUCUCAGCAGCUCAUCUUGCACUGCUUGCGGCAUCGCGAGACCCUGCGGUGUUUGUAGAUAACCGGAUCGAUUUAGUAGCUGGUGUUGCGCUCCACCCGGACAAUCUUUUGCGCGCCAUCUUGGGCGCUGGUGCCCCUGUGAAAGCAAAGCCUGAUGCUGCAACAUCAGCGACCGUCGGGGUCACAGCGUACAUGGGUGCGGAACAUUCGCACGGGUUUCACUCGAACAAUCGGCAGCAAGUGCACCAGCAACAACAGCAUGCUUACCAUCACCACCACCACCGGCCGCCGCAACAGUCACAUCUUCACCACGUUGGAACUCCACCGCCACGUAGCGUGGGCACGUGCCGUAAUGAGCCAGCAUCGCGAAGGCACAGCGAAAGUGAGAGUGAAAAGCUGACGACGCGUUCGACAACUUCGACAGGUAGUCGUGACGACCGCCCACGGAUAAAACACGUGGGCAGUCCACAACUCACUCCUCAUAGUCACGGUGGCGACAACCCUUCCGAAGUGCAAGUGCGCUUGCUUCGCCACGUCUCUACGGAGCACGGUCAGACACGAAAGCUGUCCUCUUUGCAUCGCCAACACAUUGCCAAGAGGUUCAGUCGCAAGAACAGUGAACGCUCAAUGAGCUUGUCCUUGAGCUUUGCAGACGUUGUACGCGAUGGUGGGGGAACAAAUGGUGUAUGCGUGACCGUGCCAAACACGUCGCGUCCGGCGAUUACCCGACCUUCACGAUUCUCGCGCGACGACAUGGCGCUGGAGGAAAGUAUCACUGAGCGAUGGGAAACCAAAGUCGACUCAAACUCAAGUGAAUUGAAGUCAGCAUGA